AUGCCUUCCACGGGGGACAUCAUGGGUGUUUUCAAUGGCCACUCUUCUUCCAACGGAAUCAACGGGAACGAGUUGACCGAGCUGGGUGCAAGCAACGAAGUGCCUAUAAACGGUACUUCAGGCCCGCGCGUCAACGGUACCAACGGGUACCAUGUCAACGGCAAGAAUGGCACUGAUGCUAAUGGCACAAACGGAACUCACUCCUAUGGGACAAACGGUACUCACGUGAAUGGCACCAAUGGCGGUCCUAUUGACAGUGUUUCGGGUGGCUCCUUGAACGGCAUAAAGCAGGACGUUGGAGGCGAUGACUUGGAAGAUAUGCCGAUCGCCAUCUGUGGUACGGGUUGCAGAUUGCCUGGCGGAAUCCGCAGUUCGUCUGACCUUUUCAACUUUCUCUCGAGCAAAGGCGAUGCUAGGAGCAUCGUCCCAGAAGAUCGAUACAACAUUGACGCUUAUUACGACCCAACUGGUAAGCCGGGCUCUGUGGCUACAAAGUAUGGAUAUUUCUUAGACCUCGACCUUUCCCAAUUCGACGCGUCCAUGUUUGGUAUGUCGAAUGCCGAGGUCGCGACACUUGAUCCUGCCCAACGCCUGUUGUUGGAGAUUACACGCGAGACAUUUGAAAGCGCUGGCGAGGCCGACUUUCGAGGGAAAAACAUCGGUACCUUCAUCGGUGGCUUCACAACGGACUGGGAGGACAUGCAGAACACGGACCCUCUGAAUUUUGCGCCAUACCAGAUGUCGGGCAAGAACGAUUUUGCCCUUUCCAACAGACUCGCAUUCGAAUAUGACCUGCUGGGUCCUAGCAUCAACAUGAAGACUGCUUGUUCCGCCACGGCCGAGGCGGUGCAUACGGCCGUUAUGGCUAUUCGCUCAGGCUCGUGCCCGUCGGCUAUAGUGGCAGGAGCAAACAUGAUCUUGACGCCGCGCGCAAGCAUUGGAAUGUCAGCAAUGGGUCUGCUUGCAGCUGAUGGUAACUGCAAGACAUUUGACGCUGGGGCUAAUGGAUUUGCUCGCGGAGAAUCUGUAUGCGCCAUCUACAUCAAGCGUCUGGACCACGCUAUCCGUGACGGUAACCCAAUUCGUGCUGUCAUCCGCGGAGUUGAUAGUAAUUGUGACGGUGGUGAUGGUUCUCGGACCUUUGGCACACCCAAUGCUAUAGCACAGGAGAAGUUGAUCCGCCAAACGUACACGGCGGCAGGUUUGGCACUGGCAGACACCAGUGUAGUCGAACUACACGGCACUGGAACACCGGUCGGCGACCCAUUGGAGACUACCGCUAUCGCUAAUUGUUUUGGCGGUGACAAGAAGGUCUAUAUUGGGUCGAUAAAGCCUAAUGUUGGGCAUGGAGAGGGCAGUUCCGCUCUGGCCAGUUUGAUAAAAUCUGUCGUCGCCCUCUCGAAUAAGACAAUUUUACCCAAUAUCAAGUUUUCAAAGCCCAACCCGAAGAUACCUUGGGACCGCAAUCUUCAAGUUCCCGUAGAGCCUCUGCCAUGGCCGAAAGAUUUUAAGGAACGUAUCAGCAUCAAUUCCUUUGGUCUUGGCGGUUCCAACGUACAUGUCAGAAUUACGCAACCGCGCGGUGGCCUAACAAGAAAUGGCGAGGAUGUGACUACAACGCCCAAGCACAAGUCCUUGCUGUUGCUGUCGGGCAACAGUGUAGGCUCAAUCCAGCAACUAUCAGCUCGCUACGGACAGUACUUGGAGAAGAACCCCACGCAUCUCGAUGCCAUGGUCUAUACGCUUGCCUCAAGAAGAGAGCGAUUGAAGCUAGGAUCUUAUUGUGUCGUCAAUGGUCUUGGAGUAGGCGAGCCAGUUACCCCAGUAGAAUCUCAAGGUGCUCGUCACGUCGCAUUUGUCUUCACAGGCCAGGGUGCCCAAUGGGUUGGUAUGGGCCGCGAGAUGAUGCUGGAAAAUGCCGAAUUCAUUGCGAGCAUCCGCCAGAUGGACACAAUCUUGAAGUCGGUCGAGCAUCCGCCUAAGUGGACACUUGAGGAGACAUUGCUGGCCGAAUCGGCCGAGAAGGCUCUUUUGAACCAGACCGACCGCUCUCAACCCAUAUGUACUGCCGUGCAGGUCGCUUAUGUUGACGCACUUGCCGCAUGGGAUAUCAGGCCAUCCGCCGUCGUAGGACAUUCGAGUGGAGAGAUUGCCGGGGCUUACGCUGCAGGCGUUCUGUCUCUCAAAGAGGCCAUCAUCACCGCUUACUACCGUGGCUAUGCGUUUGCGCGCAAUGAAGUUCCCGGCACCAUGGCAGCCGUGGGUGCGGGACGUGAUGUGGUUGAGCAGCACCUGAAGCCUGGGGUUGUCAUCGCUUGUGAGAACUCCAAGGCCAGCGUCACCAUCUCUGGUGACUUGGAGGCCAUGGAAGAGACUAUGGCGGCCCUGAAGCAAAUGAAUCCCGACUUGUUCGUCCGCCAGCUGCGCGUACCAAUGGCCUAUCACUCUCAUCACAUGAAAGCUAUUGGAAAUCUCUACAAAUCUCUCCUUGCACCACACCUAGCGGCCAAGGCUCCCCGGGUUCCGUUUUAUUCGACAGUGUACGGCCGCAGGGUGCGCGAGAGCAAAGAAUUUGGCCCUCAUUACUGGCAGGUCAAUAUGGAAAACCCAGUGUUGUUUCACACCGCUGUAUUGCUGAUGUUGGCUGAUCUGAGCGACACGGCACACUUGGAAAUUGGUCCUCACUCUGCUCUGGCGGGUCCUCUCAGACACAUAUAUAAGGAAGCCGGUCAUACUGUGCCUUAUGCCUCUGUUGCCGAACGUGGCGAGGAUGCUUCCCACACUUUCCUUUCUGCCAUUGGGAAAGUUCACUGCUUCGGUAUCCGGCCUCAGGCUCCCACAUCUGAGCACGCCUACACCUUGCCGGACUUGCCCACCUAUUCCUGGAACUAUGAGUCUAGUCACUGGUCGGAAACUCGUACAAUGGCCAAUUGGCGAUUCCGGAAGCACCGCAAGCAUGAGCUGCUAGGCCUCCGUCUCAUGGAGAGUAGCGACGUCGAGCCUACGUGGCGAAAUGUGAUUAGACUAGGGGAUGUCGCGUGGCUGGCAGACCAUUGCGUUGAAAGUGACAUUGUUUUCCCCGCAGCUGGUUACAUUGCCAUGGCAGGAACUGCUAUCGCACAGUUGACGGGUUCGUCCGCCUAUACCGUACAAGAUGUUCAUAUUACGACUGCGUUACGUCUUGACGAGGGCAAUGGUGUCGAGGUCGUCACUUCUCUACGCAAGCAUGCCUUGACAGCUUCAAAUAACAGCAAAUGGUGGGAGUUCUCUAUUACCUCUGAGAACAAUGGAACCUGGAUAAAGCAUUGCUCCGGCUUAGUGACUGAUGGCUGUGCCGUGGCGUCCCCCAGUAAUCUUGACGUUUCACCACAUGUACGAAAAAUCGAACCCAACCGCUGGUACCAGGCUCUUGGUCGCGUUGGUCUGAACUACAGCAAUCGCUUCGUUGGCCUGGAUGAAAUCACUGCCAGUCCCGUUGAUCACAGUGCAUCAGCCAGCAUCACCGAUCGACAAGACGCAACCGAGACAUAUGCACUUCACCCGUCGACGUUGGACCUCGUCUUGCAGUCAUGGUCAGUCGCAGCCGCACGUGGCGAAUAUCGUCAGCUGGAUAGCCUUUUCCUCCCUACUUUUAUAGAGAAUUUCUACGUGGGCGACCAUGGAUCUGAGCGUACGAUUCAGAUCCGCACUACUUCUCGUGAGUCUGCUGGAAUGAAUUUUGGCAGCUCAUAUGGAGUCGUGAAUGGCGACAAUAUAGCCUAUGUGCUUAAUGGGUUUGAAGCGACGAGAAUGGACGGGGCAUCCGCAAGGCAAGCUGAUGAACUGAAAGCUUGGUCGGUACAAUGGCAUCCAGCUUUUGAUUUUGCUGCUCCAGAGACACUGCUGCGCCCAGCACGAGAUGUGACUGCCGACUCCAAGUUUGUUGAACAGUACUCGCUAAUGUGUUCGGUCGAGGUCCACUAUGAGGCUGCCACGGUGACAUCUCUUGCCCAACCGUUCUUCAAGCACUACUUGGCUGGGAUAGCCAAGCAGAUGGACCAGGUCGAUCAAGGUUUGUCAAUGGUACCCGACGCCAAGGAGCUGAAGGCUCUCAGCCGAGAGGCUCGACAGCAAAAGUUGGUUGAAUGGCGCGAAACCAGCAAGGGCACCUCGGCAAAAUUCGUGGUCGAAGCUCUCUGGCGUGUAUAUGCGAAUAUCAAGGAUGUCCUGGAAGGCCGCGUUAUAUACUUGGAUCUUCUUCUUGGCGAUGGCGUAUUGUCAGAGUUUUACAACGAAGCCAACGCUUGGUCCGACAUUGGGGACUUCUUUCGCGUCCUGGGCUUGAGCAAGCCGCAGCUUCGUGUUUUGGAAAUUGGAGCUGGCACGGGUGGUACAACAUCGGUUCUGCUGGAAGCACUCCACUCCAAAGAAGGAGAACGCCUGUACGGAGACUACACCAUCACCGACGUUUCGGCUGGCUUCGUCAAUCAAACAAAGGAACGUUUCCGGGAUUACCUAAACCUCAAGUUUGCAGUUUGUGAUAUUACAUUGGAUCCCCUCGAACAAGGUUUUGAGGCAGCUUCAUACGAUUUAAUCGUAGCCUCCAAUGUCAUACAUGCCACUCCUAGCUUGGUUGAAACGUUGACAAGGUGCCGGACACUACUCAAGCCGGAUGGGCAGAUAUUUAUGCAGGAAGUUUGUUCAAAUACGCGAUACGUCGAUGUGAUCAUGGGUCUCUUCGAUGGCUGGUGGGCCGGAAUCGACGACGGCCGCGUCGAGCGUCCAGUAGUUUCGGAAGAAGUCUGGGAUGCGAAGUUACGUCAAAGUGGCUUCCAAGGCAUUCAUGCCGCCGUUCACGACAACAAGGAUCCGCAUUUCUUCUGUUCCACCAACAUCGUCGCACGUGCUCGCCCGGAUGUGACUCCAGUUUCAGACAAAACUGAGAACAGGAUCACUCUCCUCAAACUCACUGCCGAGCUGAGCGAAUUCGGACAAAACGUCAAGAAUGCACUCGAAGCUCAGGGAAAGUCUGUGGACGAGUGUGUCUGGGGGUCCAAACCAGCAGAGGGCCAAGACAUCAUUUCGCUGCUAGAUGCAGAUAACGAAAAUACUCCGUUGUUAGCCGAGAUCGAUACAGGAAAUCUUGAGGAGUUCGUCAAUGUUGUGGGAGACGUGUUAGGACAGGCAGUUUUCUGGGUCAUGCGAUCAGCCUCAACACAAUGCGCUGAUCCCAACUACGGUCAAAUGCUCGGAGUGGCGAGGUGUAUCCGUGCUGAGCUGGCCAUAGACUUUGUUACUCUUGAGUUGGACCACCUGGAUAUGGAAGCAAGCCAGGCCGUAGCGCGGGUGUAUACCAGGGUCCAGCAGGCGCGAAAGACGGCAGCAGAAACCGACGACGCUUCUGACACGGAAUUUGAAUACGCCUGGCGAGCCGGCCAGGUCCUCGUCAGCAGACUCCAUACAAUGUCCGUCGACGCGGGGCUAGCCGACGCCGCUCCUCAAGUGCAGGCCAAGCAUCUAACCAUAGGACAACCGGGCUCGCUACAGUCUCUGUGUUGGACGGGCCACCAGCUCCCACCAUUAAAUCCUGAUGCUGUGCAAGUGCGCGUUACAGCGGCUUGUCUGAACUUCCACGACGUGGCCGUGGCCAUGGGUCUUAUUGCUCCUGACGGCCCCAUGGAGAGCGACGGUUACCAUGGCCUUGGUGGCGAAGGAGCGGGCGUUGUCACGGCCGUUGGUUCCAAUGUGGAUCACGUCACUGUCGGUGACCGAGUCCUCAUCAUGGAAGUCGAAAAGGCCGUUUUCGCCACCGAAGUCCAGGUAGAUGCGGACAUGGUCGUUCAGGCGCCUGCAAACGUGAGUGACGAGGACGCGGCAGGCUUGGUCAUUCCCUACCUUACCGUCCUAUGGAGCUUGGUCGAGAAGGCUCAUAUGGAGCAUGGACAGACAGUGCUCAUUCACUGCGCGGCUGGCGGAGUGGGUAUUGCUGCCAUUAAUGUCGCACGAUGGCUAGGACUCGAGAUCUAUUGCACCGUGGGCUCGCAGGCCAAGGUUGACUUCCUCACCCAAAAGCUAGGCGUACCACGAGACCACAUCUUCCACUCCCGCAAUGACAGCUUCGUCGCCGACGUUCUGCGUGCCACCAAUGGAACCGGCGUCGAUGUCGUCCUCAACUCGCUCUCGGGGGAGCUUCUCCAUGCCUCCUGGAAGUGUGUUUCCUCUGGUGGCUCCAUGGUUGAUCUCGGAAAACUGGACAGCCUGGCCCGUGGCCGGUUGAACAUGGGUCCAUUCGCAGACAACCGCGCCUUUUUCGGUGUUGACCUUGUCGCCAUCUAUUUCGCUAAUAAGCGUAAGAUAGUGCGAUUGCUGCACAAAACCGUCGAGCUCCUCAGAGACGGCCAUAUUUUCCCACUGCAUCCCACCACCAUUUUUGAGGCUGAGAACAUCCAAGACGCCUUCCGUUAUAUGCACAAGGGCCUCCACAAGGGUCGAAUCGUCGUCAAGAUGCCCACCGAUGUUACCAGUCUCUCGCUCACCUUGCCAGUACCGAAGCCAAAGUUCAGUCCCAAUGGCGUGUACCUUGUAGCUGGUGGCCUUGGAGGCUUAGGUCAAUCGAUCAUAUCGUGGAUGGUGAGCAACGGUGCUCGACAGAUCAUGGUGGUUUCGCGGUCAGCUGGGACCCGGGACGAGCAUAACCAGUUUGUCCUUGAACUGCGCGAGCUAGGCUGCGAGUUGCGCUGCUUCGCUGGUGAUGUGGCCGACCUGGAAUUCAUGCGCGACGUGGUGGCGGCUGCAAGAGGCCCGGUCAAGGGUGUACUGCAGUUAGCCAUGGUGCUGAAGGAUACUGGCAUUCUGAAUAUGGACCACGAGUCCUGGACGACAGCCACAAACCCAAAGAUUCGUGGUACCUGGAAUUUGCACCAACUGCUCCCAGAGGACUUGGACUUUUUCGUCAUGUGCAGUUCGGCCAACGGGACACUGGGUCACUAUGGACAAGCCAAUUAUGCAGCGGGCAACGCGUACCUCGACGCUUUUGUGCACUUCCGCCACGGCUUGGGACUUCCCGCCGCGGUGCUAGACAUUGCUGCUGUGAGCGAUGUUGGUUACGUCGCAUCAAAUAAGACUGUUGCAGAACGCCUCGAGAGAGGUAUAUCGCGUUUCAUGAGCGAAACCGAUUUUCUUCGUUGUCUGCACCUCUCGAUUGAGCGAUCAUCCCGUCAGUACAUAAAGCCUGCGGAGUCGACAUUGACCACUGUAUAUGAGGAUCCUGCACAGGUGGUUCUGUACAACGAAAUGACGCGCCCACUUUCGGAUCCUCAGAACAUGAUUUCGUGGCGGCUGGACCCGCGCCUGUCCGUCUUUCGUAACAAUGAGCUCAUGACGGCCCACGGCGACGUGACAGGCAGUCAAGGUCUCCGGAGCUUCUUAAUCUCGCUAUCAAGCGAGCCCGAGAAACUUGAUGACGAAGCGACAGUGCCCUUUUUUGCACAAGAGAUUGCCAAGCGCAUUUGUGCUUUCUUGAUGAGGGACGAUGACGCGGUAGACACAUCUCAGACGCUCUCGUCCUUGGGUGCCGACUCUUUAGUCGCCAUUGAGAUUCGCAACUGGUGGAAGCAGACUCUCGGCAUCGAGAUUACCGUCUUGGAACUGGCCGACGCGAAUACUACAAUGGACCUCCUAGGCGCACUGGCGGUCCAACGAUUAAAGGAAAAGCACGCAGCCAAGUAA